CAACUGACUCGGAGUUUUUGGAACAGUUAAUUUGCCUGAUGACUUUUAAGAUACUUAGAACCCAGCUAAACAUUUUUUGUAUUUAAGAUACGAUGAAUCACACACCUUUAUCUCUUGCAUAAUAUUUUAAUUUAAUCCUAUUGUAUUCUAUUUCGCAAGGUUAAUUCGAAUAGAUUAUUAAAGGAUACCUUCCUGUUCGCAUAUUGCGUCGUUAUUACAAAGACCCUUGAGGAUAUUCCGUGUUAUUUGCGUGUUAUUAAUAUAUCGAUGUCGUGUCAUCGUUAACCACAAUUGUAGCCGCAAAAGGUGCUGUGUCGUUGUUAUAUGACACUAGUCACUACCAACAACGCUCAAUCUGCCCUUGGCUCCGGAAGAAAACGGUCAAUUAUCAUAUUGGUCCCAUUUUAAACUCGUUAACUAUAACAUCCGUUUUAAAUAGUAAGUAGAAUUCUCUCUUUAGAAUCACAGUGUAGCAAGCGGAAUAUGUUAAUUUAUAGUACCUACUGAAAGUAAAUAAUAAUAACAUUAUUGUCUUUCCUAGUAGAUGUAGACAUUGAAAGUGGUAUCAUAAAUUUUGAUGCUAAUCAAAUAAAGUUGUGACUUUAAUGGUGUUUGUGAAAAAUUGUAAACAGUGUUGAGUUGUGAUGUGAUGGUGAAAAUGUCUUCUGGUGUGUGGGGUUUUAUGCCCAGUCGGUGCCGGUGGAUAGAGACUCUGCGCCAUUGCGGCAAGACGCUGCUGCGGCGUCAACGGAGGUUGCUAAGGAGAAUCAAGAAGGUGUACCUACACAGUUGGCGCUCCGCAGACGAGCUAAACAUGUUGGUGGGUGCCAAGGUCGGCGGCGCGACUCCCCUCGUGAUAGCGUGCAGGAACGGACACUAUGACGUCGCCGAGUAUCUCAUAGACAGGUGCAAGGCUGACAUCGAACAGCCGGGUUCAGUGACAUUUGACGGCGAGACGAUAGAGGGCGCCCCGCCGCUAUGGUGCGCCGCGGCCGCCGGCCACUUGCCCCUGGUGCGGUUGCUGGUUCGCGCUGGCGCGAACGUCAACUCGACAACUCGUACGCACAGCACGCCACUGAGGGCCGCGUGCUUCGACGGCCACUACGAUAUCGUCAAGUUCCUAGUCGAAAAUGGUGCCGACAUAGAGAUAGCCAAUCGCCACGGUCACACGUGCCUAAUGAUCGCGUGUUACAAGGGCCACAUCAGGAUCGCCAAGUACCUCCUCUCGUUGAACGCUGACGUGAACAGGAAGAGUGUUAAAGGCAACACGGCGUUACACGAUUGUGCCGAGAGCGGUUCUUUGCACAUCCUGAAAAUGCUCCUGGGACAUGGCGCCACAAUGGACGUGGACUCGUAUGGUAUGACUCCCCUCCUGGCCGCUUCCGUGACGGGGCACACGCACAUAGUGGAGCAUUUAAUAAGCGCGGAACAUGGUCUUGUGACGCGGCAACAGCGGAUUGACGCGCUCGAGUUGCUAGGCGCCACUUACGUUGACAAACGACGGGACAUGGUCGGAGCCCUGGCGUUGUGGAAGCGAGCUAUGGACGACAGAUUUCCAGCUGAUGGCAGCGAACCAAUUCCCAAACCCAAAGACGUGCCCCGCAUAGAAGCCUACGAUUACGCGGUGGAACCGAGCAACUCGCAACAACUUGAGGAAAUACUCGCGGACCCGGAUGCCAUGAGGAUGCAGGCGUUAGUCAUCAGGGAGAGGAUACUCGGUCCAGCGCACCCCGACACCUCGUACUACGUCCGGUACCGAGGGGCCGUGUACGCUGACGCGGGUCGAUUCUCCCGCUGCCGACAGCUGUGGCAUCACGCGCUGGACAUGCAGCGCGCCGUGUUACCGCCUCUGUCACCGCUCACUCAGUCCAGCCUGUUUAGCUUCGCGGAGCUGUUCUCCUAUAUGCUCUGCGAACGCGCGCGGCCGCCGCUGCGAGGUCGGAUCGUUCCACCGGUGACGUUCGACGACGUGGACCCAGUGUUCAGGAAAGCUAUUUCUGAAAUCCACCGCGGCAUGGAGUUGCUGGAUUCUAAGCUCAGCAUCGAUAGAGAACAAACGUUGACCACUCUGCAGCGGGUGCUGGUUAUAUCCUUACAUUUGGCGACGCUUAUGGCGAGGUUAUUGGAUGAGCCGGAGUGCACGGAAGAAGUCUCUAGGAAUAUACAUAAAGCGGUCUACUCGCUCGUCAAGUUAGAUAUUAAGGUCCGCCAGGGUCGCUCGGCGCUGCACGUCGCUUGCUCGGCUGAAAGCAGCCGCGCCCGAGGCGGGGCGUGGCUGCCCGCACCCGGCGACGCACAGCCAUGCUGCGCCGCGCUCGUGGCGCUCAUGCUGCGCCUGGGGGCCGCACCCGACGCGCGCGACGCUGCUGGCAACACGCCGCUCCACCUCGCGUGCCAGCUAAACCCCUGUCCCGCGGAAGUGGUGAGAGAGCUGCUAGCGCACGGUGCACAUAUAGACACCGUCAACUACGAGGGGGAGACGCCAGAAGAUAUCCUCAAAUCCACCCAACAGAGCCUCACCGCCAUCGUAAACCCCCUUAAAUACACCACGCUAAAGUGUUUAGCCGCGCGCACAGUCAAAAACUACCGGCUCCCAUUUAGACAUGUGGUUCCACAAUGUCUACAUUCGACCAUAAUCACACAUUGAACUCUGAAACCAGGGCGAGAUUAUAGGUGAGUCGCAGCGCAGUCCUUAGAAUCUACCGAUCAGUCGCACGAACGGUCGCGCGACUGGUAAUAGAAGUCAGUCCAUCAUUCAGCAGAGUGAGUGAAUCGAUUGCAUUUUCAAUGUUCCGACUUUGACAGACGUCAGUUUGACAGCCGUUUUGAGACUUGUAGUUUCGUUUUUUUUAUUUUUUAUUUUGUAGCUAAUGGAGUAUAUAGUUUUAGAACGUUGAUUGUGUUUGAGGCUAGUUUCUUAUUUCGGUUAACGUAUACCAGUUAUGACAGGCGGGUUUUUAAGUAUGUGCAGUUUAUCAACGAAACGAUUAACGAAUUUCAAUAGAACAGCACUCGCUUCUCUGGGUAAUAAAAUUACCAGUUAAAAUGCUUGUGUGUUAAUUAUUAAAUUUUUAUUCAAUAAAAUUACAUAAAUCGUCCGUAGUUUCAUCACAUGAGUAUUAUUUUUGACAACAUUGAUAUAUUUUUAUUAUUAUAUAAUUUGUGAUAUUACAUUGUUUAUUUGGAACGUGUUUUUUUGCUUUUCGAUACAUGUUAUAUACACAUUAAUACUGCCAGGAAUUGAUGAUUGUUGAACCACUUUAUUUAUUUAUCUUUUGUAAUUAUAUUUUUAUGAUUUUUAGAGAUUAGCUUUAAGCACUGUUUUAUUUCUAAUGAAAAUUAUACGUAUAUCCCUUAUUAAAUUUGAUACCUUUGCGCUUUCCACAGUAUUCGAAUAUUUGCCUCUUUCCCUUCGGGAUAAAAAAGCUAUAUAAACAAAAUAAAAUUUCAUAAAAUGAAUUUAUAAUUUUGUAAUCAAUCCUUUUUCCAACUCAUAAAGAUUAAAUGAGAUCUACAUAGUACAGGCCGAGCCAUGACUAAAAUGUACCUUUACUGACUUUGAAUGCACAAAGAGCGCACUUCAGAUCUUUGUUGCGUAUGAUUGAAAUUGGUUGCAUUCACAGAACUAUAGCUUUGUAUUGUUGGACCUCUGUAUGAAAUAUAAUAAUCUCAUUCUAUGGUUACAAACCACAUUAUUUACCGCCAUUUCAUAACAUUUUAUUAAAAAGCUCAUGAACAUUGCCUAGGCCUGUAUUUAAUACAUAAAUAGACGUAGCACUGAUGAAUUGAGUCCAUUUAAAAUAUGACAGUACACAAAGUGAUAUUUGCUAACUUAAAAUAUUUGUACAGAAAUAGUAUGUAAUACAAAUUAUAAACGAAUUAAUAUUUUUAUUGACAGCCAGUAUAUAGUUUAAUGUGAUUAGAUUAUAGAUCACGGCUAAAUUAUUUAUGUGAAUGCUACUCUUGUUAAUCUGAAAUAUACUUUAUUAUCAUUUAUGAAUACUGCUCAAAUUCUUUGAAAUGCCAGGGGAUUGGUAUUUCUUAAUCAUUUUCAUUGUUGAAUACUUAAUUUUUCUGUUUUUUUUGUAAUUGUCUAAGUUACUGCGCUCUAGUAAUUUAACUAAUUGUGCCAUCGCACAAGUAUUAUUUGUUUUGUAAUGAACCUGCUUGUCCUUCAUUGAAAAAAGCACCGAAAAUGUUUAACAGAAAUAAGUACUAAUCUAUAAGACGGCAAGAAUUUAUACUAGGACAGGUUUUUAAAAAAGUUGGAAAUGCUUCAGUGGUUUUUUUGUCGAGUACAAUUUCAUUGUUACAUUUAAUUUAGAACAAAUUGGGACUUUAUGGCAUUGAAAUAUGCAGUAGAUAAUUAGAUUCAGUAGUGAAAUUAUCUACGUAUAGCACAUAAACAACAUAUUUUCUCUUUAAUUAAUCACUGUAUUUAGCUACUGUAAUGUUGUCUCAGUUUAUUGAACGACGUCAAAAAAGUCACGACUUGUCUAUGAUAAGACUAUGUUAAUGUUAAUUUGGAUAGUCACUAACCAAAACUGACUCUGUAAACAAUGAACUAACACAAUAACGUAAUUGCCAGGAAGCUAUGCCAUGUGUUUAAGAUCGGUCCUAAGACCAAGUGAUAUUUGCUUUUAGUUACUGGAGAUCAUAUCAGUCUCUUGUUAGGUUAUUAAACACACGAUGACAACUAAGGGCUAGGAUCACCGUUCUUCUCGUGUGUCCAAACACCUCUAGUCCCCUUGUAUCUUUAUACAUUCUGGGUAAACUUGUUAUAAUUUCAUUAUAGUCUUUUGUGGUUAAACGAAAAUGAACUUUACGUGUGUCACAGUGUGAUCAAAAUACGUUUGAACACAAUUAUAUCGAUGUAAAAACAAAUUAGCAAGUAAGUAGAUUUAUUAGAGGUUAAAAAAAUAUAUGAAUAAAUUGGUAUUGUAUAUUAGCUAGAUGGAUAAUAAUAUGACAAACUAUUAGAACUGAUUUGGAAAUAAAUAUUACAUUUUAUGAUAUGAUUUCGCGAGCGGUACGCUGUUUAUAAUAUUGUGUGUAUUUUGUCAUAGUAUAUUUUCAACUACUUAGUAAUACUGUGUGAUUACAUGAUACUAGUUAUUUUUUUGAAAUUAAAUAAAAGGCUUUAAAAUA